AUGUCUUCACCCGAUGAACAACCAGAUAUCGUGUCCCUGCUACUGAAAGCAAUAAAGAAGGAAUCCCUCUUUCGCCUGGUAGAACUUCUACGGGAUAUCAUCGAGCACAGCCCAGAAAGUCGUAAAAUUGCCUCGAAAUGGCUAUUGACCGCGAAGGACGAUGUGAAAUCCGAACCAGUUCCUACCUCUCCCACUACUUCUAUCAAGGAAGAGUCCAUCUCCGAGCCUACGGUUAGUGUCUCGAUGACACCCCGUUUCGAAGAAUGCCUCUACUGUCUGGAGAGGUACGAUGUAACCAAGAACUCAGCCACAAGUUGCAGAUAUCACGUUGACCUUGACACGAUGGACGAAGAAUUUUUCAAGAACGAGAUUAUCGCUGGGAUUGAUGUUGAUAAUGAGGAGUAUCGCGAAGCUUGGCCGGAAAAGUUCUUCUAUCUGUGUUGUGGGAGGGACUUGCUUGAUGAGGAGUGUCAGGUUGGUUGGCACAAGCGUGCGGACCGUCCUAGCAAGCGAGUAAUUCCGAUAGAGGUUCGAUGCACUUAA